CACUGCCAUCAAGCCGUCCAACGUGGAGAAGGAGAAGGUGAAGUUUUUCAAGUCGGACUUCAGCUACAAUCCUCAGUUUGAGUACAGCAACCCUGUGUCUCCGCUGGUGCUGGCUCGCCACAACAACGCCUCCGACCGCUUUCUGACACAGGCGGUGCGUAUCAUGGAGUUGGCCCUCCAGAAGUAUGGGAACUAUGAGAAGUUUGAGCAGGCCACAGGGGGAAACUUGCUCACCAAGGGCCGGAUCUGGUACCUGGUCAAGAAGUACAUGGAAAAGGAGGGCUGUAUUGGGGAGAUAGUGGUCAAUGUGACAGACGACCUCCUCUCCAGAGCGUCCAUGACGGUGGUGAACAGCCGGCCUACUCUGACCAUCAACAUUGCCACAGCCCGGGAACACUGGCUGGAGGGCAUGCUACGACAUGAGAUCAGCACACACUACUUCCGGGGCAUCAACAACGCCCAGCAGCCGUGGAGCAGCGGAGUCGGAAGGAAAACGCACAACCUCCGACCUUUGAACCCUACUGAGGAGGGGCUGGCCAGCAUCCACUCUGUCCUGUUCCGUAAGGACCCCACCCUGUGGAGGGCUGCCUUGCUCUACUACACUGUGUACCAGGCCAGCCGCAUGUCCUUCUCUCAGCUGUUCCACAGCCUGGGACGCUUCGUCCAGGAACCCAACACACGCUGGGACUACUGUGUACGAGCCAAGAGGGGGCAGAGCGACACCGCACAGCCUGGCUGUUUCAGGAAGGACCAGGUGUACCUGGACGGCAUCCUGAAGAUCCUAAGACACAGAGAGAGGAUUAACUUCCAGCUGCUCAUGUCCCUGGGGAAGGUGUCGUACGAGGACGUGGAUCGUCUGAAAGGCCUGGCGCUGAUGGAGCAUGUGAGGAUACCUCACUUUUUGCAGGACAUGGCGUGCUACGCUGAACAGCUGGAGAAGAUCAUGGAGGUCAACCAGCUGACUGACGAGGAGCUCAGGGUGCUCAUCUGAGACAUGGAGGAGUAGAGGGCCUGCCCACUCAGUUACUCCAACACAUAGCUUGUACAGGUUAACAGCAACCUGACCAAGAUCCAUUUGGGAUUGAAACGUUAUGUAUAUAACAAAGGCUUAGAGGUUGUUAUGAGGUAUGUGUUGAAGUAAGUGAAUGUGAGGGUCCUUCUGGCCCGGGUACCCUAUGAGAAGUGAUGAUACGCUCCUCAUCUGAGCAUGCCCAGAAAGAGGUAACCCCUGACCCUCCAGCACACCUUACCUCCACCAAGCUAAUGAGCUACCGGGAACCUCAUUAAAGUCAGUGGCAUCAUUCACAGUGACAUUCCUGCAUCUCACCACCAGUACCAUCCCCAACAGGCAAAAUUGCAUGUGAUGCCAUGAUGAUGUCAUUUCCUGGUUGUAAACUGGCUUUCCACCACAUAUGGUAGCUGUGUGACGUGACAUGACUUGUGCAGUGUACUGUAUUGUAUGUAGGGUUUCUCUCUCCAUUUCUAUAUGCACCCCACAGCCAAGUGUAAUUGCAUUUUCAAUCUCCUGUUCAAAAGACUAAGGGGUUCCUAUACUAAUGUUUCUAAACAGAGUUUUACCGUACUGGUUGGUUGCUGUUGUUAUAGUUGAUGUUCAGGUAAUGACCCAUGAACCAGAGAGUGUGUGUGUUUGUCAGGGUCGGGCUGCAGUGAGAGACAUACAGAAGAGAGACGGCUACGGUAUCAUAAAAGCACAACAUUGACUCAUGAUGUGGCCAGGUCACAGUGGAGAAAGGAAUGUGGAAGAGGCUAAACUAAUGAAGCACAAGAUGGCAGCAUAGUGCUGAGAUAGUAGGAUUGGGACAGCAUAGAAAUGCAUUGCGAAUCAUAUGUAUUUGUGCCCUGUUGACAUAUCCUUGGCGCAGCAAUCCCUCCAAAACAACCACUUUCUUACGAUUUGCACUUAUUUCUCCAGCGUUGAACUGCUUUAUUUCUGGCAGUUUCCUUAGAGAUAACCUUAUAACCUUACACUGAUGAACUCUCCCUCCUGCAUUUUAAAACAAACCAAUAGGCCUAGUGUUUUUAAAGGCAGGGUGUAACUAAUAUUGUACUGUAAUGUUUUUCUCCUUUUUGUCAAACAUGAUUGACAGGUUGUUGAUUUUCUGGCUUUUGGUACGUGUUUUGAGAACUGAACACUGUGAUAUUUGAUAAAUAUUGUUCAAUUGACACUUUCUACUAGCCUGGUCUUAGAUCAGUUUGUGCUCUCUUGCCAAUAGUUAUUUACAAUGACCAUAGGAGUUGGCAGGAUAGCACAAACUGAUCUGGGACCAGGAUAACUUUGACCUGAUGUAGGUAGUAGCAUGUUUGCUGCCGCUACUUCACCACAAAUGGCCCUGGGUAUGAUCUAACUGUAUGAUGAGCACUAGUGUUUAUAAGUGACAUUGCGCUGUGUAUUGUAUUGUACUGUAACUGUACUGUAUUUGAAUGCCUCCUGAUGGUCACUGAAUCCCUAAUAAAGUGGAUUUAUCACCUUGGA